AUUCCCAUGGCCAAGCUUUGCACAGCCUGCCUGGGACAGGCCCUCAGCCUGCUUCCCUUAGAGGUGACAGAGUUCCCUGGCCUCAACAGGCACUUCUGGCAUAACGCGUGCUUCAUUGGCUACUGAGGAAUGCUACCUACAUCUUGGAGGAUGUUUGUUGCUCCCCGGCCUGCUUUUAGAUUUCUGAAUUCAGACUGGCAGGCUUCCCAAAUAUAGCUUCCCAUUCUAUCAGCAGUGACAGUUGGGACUUAGCCAGUUAGUUCCUGGGAGAUGUAGCUUCAUGUCUAGCUGUUGUGCCAGCUCGUGAGUUCUGUCACUGGGGCCAGUUUCUAACACCUAUUCUCACUGUUAAAUGGAGACCACAGACUUGGCCUAUCCCAAAGGCUUACGGGGAGUGGCAGUGGAAUCUUGCACUGUUUAGAUGUUGACUCUCCAUGAUAUGCAUGAGUCAGGCCAUUCAGGAUGUUGUCUCUACUCCUCUGCUGCUUCGAGUUUUAAGGUAUAGCUAAAGAGAAACCUAAGGUUACAGUGUCACCGCACAGCCUGUGUCCUUCCCCAGGUUCCUGCCUGAAGACCAGCUGGGUACCCUCUCUGACCCUCCACAUCACCAUGCACUCCUUGGACGAGCCGCUUGACCUAAAGCUGAGCAUCACCAAGCUCCGGGCGGCGAGAGAGAAGCGGGAAAGGACGCUGGGUGUGGUCCGGCAUCAUGCUUUGCAUAGGGAGUUGGGCCUGGUGGAUGAUAGCCCCACACCUGGCUCCCCAGGCUCUCCCCCACCAGGCUUCCUGCUGAACCCCAAGUUCCCUGAGAAGGUAGAUGGACGCUUUUCCACAGCCCCCCUGGUGGACCUCAGCUUAUCACCACCGUCUGGACUGGACUCCCCAAAUGGCAGCAGCUCCCUGUCCCCUGAGCGCCAGGGCAGUGGUGACCUGCCGCCACUGCCUACUGCUGUGGACUUCCAACCACUUCGCUAUUUGGAUGGUGUCCCCAGUUCCUUCCAGUUCUUCUUGCCCCUGGGCUCUGGGGGAGCUCUGCACCUACCUGCUUCCUCCUUCCUCACGCCCCCUAAGGACAAGUGCCUCUCACCAGAGCUGCCCCUGGCAAAGCAGCUGGUGUGUCGAUGGGCCAAGUGUAACCAGCUCUUUGAGCUCCUCCAAGACCUGGUUGACCAUGUCAACGACCACCAUGUCAAGCCGGAACAGGAUGCUCGGUACUGCUGCCAUUGGGAGGGCUGUGCCCGCCACGGCCGUGGCUUCAAUGCCAGCAGGUACAAGAUGCUCAUCCACAUCCGGACUCAUACCAAUGAGAAGCCCCACCGAUGCCCCACCUGCAACAAGAGCUUCUCCCGCCUGGAGAACCUGAAGAUCCACAACCGCUCCCACACAGGUGAGAAGCCCUACGUCUGCCCCUACGAGGGCUGCAACAAGCGUUACUCCAACUCGAGUGACCGAUUCAAGCACACCCGUACCCACUACGUAGACAAGCCCUACUACUGCAAGAUGCCUGGCUGCCACAAGCGCUACACGGACCCCAGCUCACUGCGCAAGCACAUCAAAGCCCAUGGCCACUUUGUGUCUCAGGAGCAGCAGGAGCUCCUACAGCUGCGCCCACCCCCGAAACCACCACUGCCCACUCCCGACAGUGGCUCCUAUGUCAGUGGAGCUCAGAUCAUCAUCCCCAACCCUGCUGCCCUUUUUGGAGGCCCCAGUCUACCUGGCCUGCCCUUACCCCUGGCCCCUGGUCCCCUUGACCUCAGUGCUCUGGCCUGUGGCAAUGGUGGAGGUGGGGGUGGGGGUGGAGGCAUGGGCCCUGGGCUGCCAGGCUCUGUUCUGCCCCUCAAUCUGGCCAAAAACCCACUGUUGCCCUCACCCUUUGGAGCUGGUGGAUUAGGCCUACCUGUGGUCUCUCUCCUGGGUGGUUCUGCUGGUAGCAAGGCUGAGGGGGAGAAAGGUCGUGGGUCACUGCCUGCCAGGGUCCUGGGCCUAGAGGACCAUAAGACUCCCCUGGAAAGGACGGAGCGCAGCCGCUCCCGGCCAAGCCCUGAUGGACUCCCCUUGCUACCAGGAACUGUACUGGACCUGUCCACGGGCAACUCAGCAGCCAGCAGUCCAGAGGCGCUAACUCCUGGCUGGGUGGUCAUCCCUCCAGGGUCUGUGCUGCUCAAACCAGCUGUGGUAAACUGAACCUGGGCUACCCAUCUACCAGAUGUGACAGCCCAGCUACCUACUGUGGGCUCAUCCCCUGACGAACAGAAACUAUUCUGCGAAAUAGCAAUAAUAUCCUACUGUUUCAGGGGCCCAAGUGUCUGCUUCCUGGGAAGCUGCAGCCCCAGACAAGCUGAGUAGCAAGGAUGGUGCUAGCUAGGUCUUUGGUGGCUCCAGAGUGCGGACUUGGUUUGGACCUGCUGUCCAAGGAGGUCAUGCUCUUGGAUGCUAAGGCCUCACUUGCCUCCAUUCCCUAGCACAUCGUUUGGGGGAGGCCUUCCUCUGCCUGUCCUCCAAGGACCCCCAGUCCUGCCUCUUGCUCUGGUACAUUCCUCUCCGUGAGCAGUCUGGGCAGGUUGUUAUUCUUCCCUGCCUUACCUACUUGUCAACCGGGAAGCCCUCAGUGAUCAUAAACCCAUGCUUGGGAAUUCCUUAGACUCCUUUCCCUCUGGUACACCCCCUGGAGGGAAAGCAAGACAGACACAGGCCAAGCUACAGGACAAAGCUGCCUUCUCCUACCUACUGUUAUGACAAGGUGUUUCCCUGCUUACUUAGCAGAGAAGCCUGCUGCCAGUGCCCCCUUCUGCCUGAGUCAGCACUGCCAAAGGAUUGGCAACACUUUCUAAAGAAGGGGUAGCUGAGCACUCGCCUUUCCCUGGGGAGUGUACAGGCAGGUUCAAAGGAUCAUUGCACUAGUCCAGUCCAGCUUGGGUUGGCCUGGCAGUGCUAUCCUGCAGAAGCCUGGAUAUCCUGUAGCAGUCUACACCAGUAGGCUACCAGGCUUGGGAAGCAGCUACAGGUUUGGGGGUUACGAAGUCAUGGAAUGCAGGAAGGACUGAUUCAUCAGACUGGAGCUUUCUAGAAACCACGAACUGAAGCCCAUGGGUGGGAGGAAGGCUAGGCAACCAAGAGCAGCUCUUAGAGGACCAACUGUCUGCUAGGGAAAAGCUGGCUUGAGAGUGGACUGUACAUGUGACAAGAUUGUUUUCUCAGACUUUCCAGUUGAGUCCUUUUCUUGGUGGUGCCUCUUUUGCCCACAAGCUCUACCCAAGCCAGCUCCCCUAGGGCUUGUACUAUUCAGAAUAAGGUCUAGCGCUGAUGUAGGGCUAGAAUAAGCCAAGGACAUUGGAGGACUGUACUCUACAGCUCCAGAGAAGGUUAGAUGUGCCAGCUUGGGCCUCUUGCUGUCCCCUGUACUAUGAUGCAGAGUGGCUAAGCUCCUCCUCUCCCCAUCUGUAGAACAAAAGAGCUGCUGGGAUGGUAGGGGUCCUUAGUAGCUCUGUGGUUCCUCUGAGCAGCUUGCCUGUUCAUUUUCCCAGACUGCCCUUCUGUUUCAGAAGGGUCACCCUGACCUGACCUGCCCGACUGCUGGGCUUAGGACCCCAGCCCUGAUAGGGCUCGGCUGUGCUGACUCUACCCCUUGAAGGGGCUGUGAGCAAGUUAAGGAGCUGGUCUCCUGUCUUCGGGUCUACCCAUGAUCCAAGCAGCCCCUUGGCUCCGUUAGGGCCCUAGGCCUUAGGUCCCUGGCUGGGAACUGGGUUUGAGACUCAAGCCCGAGAGCAGAGGAACAGGGCACUGGAAGGUGACAUUAACUCAGCAUGUGAUUCAGUGAUAGACCAGGCUUGGAAGGGCCGGUGUACUUGUCAGUUUGUUGUUGCACAUUCCAGGACAUCAGUAUUUUAACAGGUUCUAAGUGCCUUUCUAUUGUAGCUUAUGUUUUUCCUCCUUUUGGCUCCAUUGCUGUUAGCAUAGAGUUUAAAAAAAAAAUAAGCUAAUGACUAUAACAAUUUAUUUCCUCCAUGUGAGAGGAAGUUUAUAAAGAAACAAUAAAAGUGAGUUGCAAAGAUGGUUUCUGCAUAUUAGAUGUGCCAGGAGCUGGGUAACUUGCUUUGUGCCUGGUCAUGGGCAUCUCAACUAGACACCUAAAGACCUGGCCUGGAGCUUUCCCUUCAACCUUCCACUCUAAAGAAGAGAUCAGAAGGCCCACCCACUUGGGACUACAAAGGGAAGACCUGGAAGAGUAGGUAAUAAGGAACAAUAAGAUACAGACUAUCCUCAACUACAAGGUUUAGGCCUUGGCCCAAGCAAGACGCUGGCCAGAGCUGCUUCCUGCUACACAUGAACAUUCUGACCAAGUCACUGAAAGCAGUAUGCAACUCUAGGUGGAGUUCUAAGGUUAGGGGUUCUUUAUCUUGAGGGAAGGCAUGAGCAGACCCCCUGGUCUCAGGAAUGUGUGGUAGAACACACAGGAGGGAACAAAGCCUCUGACAGAUCCUGGCCAGGCUUCUAAAGUGGGUAUGUGGCUGUUCACCAACAUCCCACCCACCAGGCUGUCAAAAGCUGCUGCCCCCUGACUCUUUCACAGCCCCAAAUAGGAAGUGAGCGACCUUCUCAAAUAGGAAUAUAAGCACCGGAUAAACAUGGAAAAGAUAUUUAUUACCAAGCUAUAAAUUAUGAGGCAAUGGGUGGGGUGGGGUGUGCCCAGCAGUCACGUUUUGGGCAUCUGCCCUUUCUUUCUGUCUUCCUGGGCUUGUAUUCGGAGUUCCUCAUCUAGGCGUUCUUUUGCACGGACAACCUAGGAGGAGGAAGAUCAGGCUCUGGCAAUCUCUGUUCUUUGCCUGAAUCAAGGGCCUUUCCCCUUCCUGUCCCAGGCCCUAACAGCCUCCCUAGAGGACAGCAGACUGCCAAGAUUCAAACAACUUAAGUAGCACUCUGAGGUGGAAGGGGAAACCUAUGGCUUCCUUUCCUCAUAGAGUUAAAAGCACUCACCUUUGACUGCAAGUAGAAGGAGCCACCCACGGACUUAUCGUUCACUUUAAAUAGGUGUUCAUAAUUCUGCAGAGAUGAGACAGUGAACAUCAGGGAAGGCUGAUGGCAAGAGAAGUUAAAGGGCCUGACCUCUGACCCACAUGUCAUGUAGGAAGCUGCUGUGUCCAAAGGAUAAAUGUAACCCUGUGAGGAUGGCUCAGCUGCUACAGCUAGCUGUGUCUCUACUUUGCACAGCCAGUCUCUCACUGACUGUGGUCAGAGCUUCCACACCCACCCUCCUUUGACUGCUCAAUGCAACACAGUCCCAUGACCGAUGAGAAGCCUCACCUUCUGGACCUCCUCAGGGUUCAGCUUGGAGAUGUUGAGAAUCUGCUGGGCCUCCUGGAGGCUGAGGCCAGAGAGGUUAGAUGCAGCUGCAGACUGGUGCCCAGCACGACCCCGAGCAUCAGCAGCUGCCUGGCUUGCUGUGGAUACAUGGGUGACUACUUAGCCCCCUCGGUGGCCCAGAGCUUCCCCCAGGCCUUCUAAGUGACACUAAAGGAACACUUCACCUGGGAACAGCUUUUCUUUAGUACUGGCUUCUUUUUGGAUGGGAGAGGCAAACAUUCCACACUGAAGGGUAAGAUGGGGUCAAACUAGGCUCUUGGUCCUUCAAUCUAGGCCAAAAGAUGACCUUGUCCCUUUCUCCCUCUUCCCCCACCCCGUUCCUUGUCCCAGAGGCCUAGCAAAUUUGAGAGCUUUAAGCUACUUUGGGGACUACAGUAAAACUAAGGGAGGAACAGUAGCUGGUGUUAGAGCCUCCACAACUGGCCUAGCUGGUACCCAGACCACCUGGGGGACUGCUUUCCUUUGGUGACCUUACACUCAGAAGUCAGCAAACUUUCUCUUCAGGUGCCAGAUAAUAAACAUUUUAACUUUGCAGUCAA